AUGUUCAGUAAAGGGACUCGCAUAGCUUUCAAUGGAAUUUUCCGCCAUGAGAACAAGGACUUCCGUCUGGUCGAGAAUAUGGAUCAAACGAUCCUUCGCGAAUUAUUUUUCGAUAUCUGUCACAGCUCCAAUCCUUCAGAGCACGCAGAUAUCACACCUGCAGUCCGGGGCGUUCGCGAUGCGCGCAAAUUCUUCUUCGUCAGCUGCAACUAUCAUGAUCCCGAGUACGUUAUUGUUUGUAUAUAUUCCAAGUUAAGGGACUUUGAUUGGAAUAAUCAGGCGAGUAUCAAUAAUCUUAAUACUUUCAGAAAAGCGGCCAUUACGGAGGCUUGCGGUGUCUUCGCUUUUGGCGGAGAUGGUAAACCUCUCACUGCAGAUGAAGUGGAAGCAAUACUUGAUGCAAGACGUCCCAAGAAACAAAACACGGGGGAGUCGAUGGUAACUGGUACCACAAAUGCUCCAGACAAAGAAGGGCAGGAUGAUGGAGAGGUUUCGACUAGUUCUGAGAUGCAAGGCGAGACUAUAGCUGUGAAUCCUGUUCAGCCUGUUACCCAAAUAUUCCAACCUCAACCUGCUGCACAACUAUUCCAGUUUCAGUUUACUUAUACUCCACACCCAUGGGAACGUGCGGCACAGCCUCAACACUAUGGAGCAUAUGCUCAAAAUGGGCCCCAACAGGUUAUAGCCCAUCCCAGAACCAAGGAUACGCUGCCCCUCGACUUGGUCAGCAAGGCUACAGCCAGUUUGCAGUUCCUCUGCAGGCUCAAUCAAGUCACAACCAAUUGCAGAACCAAGGGUAUGGGAUGUAUCAACAACGUAGUAACCAGACGAGCAUCAGUACUUUCCAGACCCAAGGAUACGGAAUGCAUCGACAACAUGGUUACCAGGCCAGCUUUAAUCCUUUACAGACCCAAGGAUACGGGAUGUCUCAGCUUGGUCAACAAAAUUCCAACUAGUUCCAGAAUCGUGGGUACGGAUUUCCUCAGCAGGUUCAGCAAAAUCGUUACCAGUUUCAGAACCAAGGCUUUGCAGGCUUUCAACAAUGUGGACAGCAAAGCCACACAGGGCGGUAAUGUCGGAACCGAUGCCGGAGAAGUGGCUUCUCGAAAUACUUCGAAUGUACCUUCCCAUCAGAAUCAUCAGGGUGCUAGUGUCGAGGCCGAUGAUGGAGAUGUAGCUCCUCAAGGCAAUCCGAAUACGAUGACAAGACAAGAGUUGGCAGAUGCCUUCCAAGAACCUGACCUGACUUUUGAGGACUCGAUGGGUCUAUAA